GUGUAUUUGUGAGUGUGUGUGUGCGUGGGGGGGAGGCUGAGGUAUAUGGAUGUGGGUUAGGGUGCGUGCGUGUGUGGACGCGUGAGUGUGUGUGUGUGUGAACACCCAGAUUUCCUUCCACCCCCGAGCUCCGCCGUUCCUCAUCCACAUCACUCCCAACCCGGCAUCUGGCGGCUGCAAACCUGCAGGUUUUUUUUUUUUUUUCCUCCUCGGCGGAUAGUCGCCCAGCCGCCAUAGAGAGAGCUACGCGAAGGAGGCGGAGAGGAGAAGGGGGAAAAAUAAUAAUAAUAAUAAUUAUAAUAAUAAUAAUAAAAGGCCAAGGGGGGGGAAGACGAGGAAAUAGCAAACCUCCCCCCCCCUUCUUCUUCGCCAGCCGAGCAAACAGAACUAUUUACGCAUCCCGAUUUUGUUAUUUAUUGAUCCACUUUAAGAAAGAAAGAAGGAGAGAAAAAAAAAAAAUUGCCCCGGCGCCCAGCGAGGGUUUCCUCUCCUUUUGCCUUGGAUUGUGCCUGGAUGUCUGCAUCAAAGGAAGUCUCGCAACAGUUCAAACAAAACAAGAGGGACAAAAAAGGCGGCCCCCCCUCAGCUCCCCCAGCGCCGUUUUGGUUGUAAGAAAGAAAGAAAGAAAGAAAGAGGGGGGGAGAGAAAGAAGGGAGAGAAAAGAGCCCCAAACAAAGCUGCCACCCUCCGCAUCCCCGAACAGGUUGAUCGCGCCUUGAGGAGAAAGCGAAGGCGCUCGGCGCUGGGAUUGCCGCCGUGCCGUUGAGCGGCUGAGGGAAGGAGGGAAAAGGGAGGAAAAAAAACACACACGCGCGCACACACACACACACACGCAGGCGCGCACGCCGAGAGUGAGGGAGAAAGAGAGCGAGCGAGAGAAAACAAACCCCGCCGGCCUCGGAGCGGCUUCGGAUCUGGGAAAAGAGAAGUGAGGUUGGAGAAAGUACAGCGAUGCCAAGGCGGAAACAGCAGGCACCCAAAAGGGCGGCAGGUUAUGUCCAAGAGGAUGAUUUGAAAGAUGAGGAAGACAUAAAAGAGGAGGAAGACGAUGAUGAUGAGAGCAAUUCAACGGCUCAUCUUCAGGGUAGCAAUGACCCAGGAACAGAUGAAGAACAUGAAACUGGUCCUGAUCCAAGAGGAAACUUAAGCUACCAGAAUUCCCCAGGGAGUCAUAUCUCCAAUCAGGAUGCAGAAAACGAAUCCUUGCUCAGUGAUGCUAGCGACCAGGUGGCAGACAUUAAAAGCCUCUGCUCCAGGGAGGCAUCAGACGCCAAAGGCAAUAUCCAUCCCAAACAUCCAACGGAAGCACACAGCUGCAUGGAUAAAAUGACAGCUGUCUAUGCUAACAUCCUUUCAGAUUCUUAUUGGACAGGUUUGGGACUGGGGCUCAAACUGUCCAGUUCUGAUAAGAGGUCAUGCGACAAUAGAAACGGAGCAAGCAAAAGUGACUUUGAUUGGCAUCAGGAUGCCUUGACCAAAAGCUUGCAGCAGAGUUUACCAGUCCGGCCACUCUCCAAGCCAAACCUUUUCAGCUCAGUCCAGCUGUAUAGGCAAAGCAGCAAAAUGUGCGGAACUGUAUUCACAGGUGCUAGUAGGUUUCGGUGUAGGCAGUGCAGCGCUGCCUAUGAUACCUUAGUUGAGCUUACUGUCCAUAUGAACGAAAGUGGCCAUUACCAAGAUGACAACCAUAAAAAAGACAAGCACAGAUCUACCAGCUAUUCCAAGCCCCGGAAAAGGGCUUUUCAGGACAUGGAUAAAGAAGAUGCUCAGAAAGUUCUGAAAUGUAUGUUCUGUGGUGACUCUUUUGACUCUCUUCAAGAUCUGAGUGUUCAUAUGAUCAAAACAAAACAUUACCAAAAAGUGCCUUUGAAGGAGCCGGUACCUACCAUAUCUUCCAAGAUGGUGACUCCAAAUAAGAAACGUGUGUUCGACAUUAAUAGGCCUUGCUCUCCAGAUUCGACCACGGGAUCUUUUGCUGACACAUUCUCUUCUCAUAAGAAUGCCAACCUGCAGCUAUCGUCUAACAAUCGUUACGGCUACCAGAACGGUGCCAGCUACACGUGGCAGUUUGAAGCAUGCAAAUCACAGAUUCUCAAGUGCAUGGAAUGUGGGAGCUCCCAUGAUACUUUGCAGCAACUCACAACCCACAUGAUGGUCACGGGUCACUUCCUGAAAGUCACCAGCUCAGCUUCCAAGAAAGGGAAACAACUUGUUUUGGAUCCCUUGGCUGUGGAAAAAAUGCAGUCGCUUUCUGAUGCAUCAGCCACUGACAGCCAGCAUUCAAAACCCUCCAGUAAUUCAUCAACUGAUUCUACAGCUCCUGCUUCAGAGCUAAAAACGGAAAGUAAGCAAAAUAAAUCUGAGGAAGCGAACAAAGAUGAAAAAGGGGUAAAAAAUGAAGAGUACGAAGACGCUCUUCAAAAACCACUGGACCCGACAAUGAAAUAUCAGUAUCUCCGGGAGGAAGAUUUAGAAGAUGCUUCAAAAGGUGGUGGAGACAUUUUGAAGUCUUUGGAAAACACUGUCACCACAGCCAUCAAUAAAGCUCAGAAUGGAGCACCCAGCUGGAGUGCGUAUCCCAGCAUCCAUGCAGCAUACCAGCUCUCGGAGGGAACAAAGCCUUCCUUACCGGUGGGGUCCCAAGUUUUGCAAGUUCGACCAACAGUCAGUAAUAAACUGAGGCCUAUUGCUCCAAAAUGGAAAGUGAUGCCUAUAGUACCCAUGACAGCCAAUAUAGUCCAGUGUAGUCAGUUGAAAAAAGAAGGAGACCCCAAGAAGGAAAUGCAUAAGGACUACAUUAAAGAUGGCAACAAGACAGACAUGGUUCCACCUUAUCAGAAUGAAGGAGAUUCUCCUCCUCAGGCUGAGAUGUGUGUAGAGCCCAAAAAGUCAGAGCUAAGUCCUUUGAAGGAGGAACACAAGACAAAGGAAGAGGAGGAAAAAAUAAAAACGAAGGAUUCUGUGACAUCAUCUCUCAGCAAUGGAUGCCCUACUGGGAACCACACUUCAGAGCUGCCUGGUUUAAAUCCCCUCAGUGCCCUGCAGUCUGUGCUGAACAACCAUCUGGGCAAAGCAAAUGAGCCUUUGCGACCUCAGUCAAACUCCAGCCCCAGUUCAAGUUCAACAUCUUUGUUCCACAAACCAAAUUUAAAUAUAAUAGAGAAGCCUGUUCUGUCUCCUGCCUCAACGCCGGCUAAACCUGCAAAUGUUACAUCUCGGCGUUACGUGUUUGAGAACAAUGAUCAGCCAAUUGACCUGACAAAAUCAAAAAAUAAGAAAGGGGAAUCUGUUCAGGCCCAGUCUUGUACUUCCCCACCUCAGAAGCAUGCUCUGUCUGACAUUGCAGACAUGGUCAAAGUCCUUCCCAAAGCAACAACCCCGAAACCUGCUGCUUCAUCCAGAAUCCCAUCCAUGAAACUGGAAAUGGAUGUUCGGCGUUUCGAAGAUGUCUCUACAGAAGUCUCCACUUUGCAUAAAAGAAAAGGAAGGCAGUCCAACUGGAAUCCUCAGCAUCUCCUGAUUCUGCAAGCGCAAUUUGCAUCCAGUCUCUUCCAAACAUCGGAGGGUAAAUAUUUAUUGUCAGAUCUGGGCCCUCAAGAACGCAUGCAGAUUUCCAAGUUUACGGGGUUGUCCAUGACUACCAUCAGCCAUUGGCUGGCAAACGUCAAGUACCAGCUCAGAAAAACUGGGGGGACAAAGUUUUUGAAAAACAUGGAUAAAGGACACCCCAUCUUUUAUUGCAGUGACUGUGCAUCUCAGUUUAGAACCCCAUCGACGUACAUCGGCCAUUUAGAAUCCCAUCUAGGUUUCCAAAUGAAAGACAUGAACAAGCUGGCUGUGGAGCAGCAAACCAAGGUAGAGCAAGACAUUUCCAGAAUUUCAGUUCAAAGAUCUCCUGAAACAAUAGCUGGAGAAGAGGACACAGACUCUAAGUUCAAAUGUAAGUUGUGCUCUCGGACAUUUGUGAGCAAACAUGCUGUAAAACUUCAUCUAAGCAAAACGCACAGCAAGUCACCAGAACAUCAUUCACAGUUUGUAGCAGAAGUGGAUGAAGAAUAACUCCUAAGGUAUGCAUGCCUUAACUGCAAAAGAAAGGGGAAAAAAAGUGUUUUAAUGUGAUGUUAAUCAAAGGAAGGGCUCUUAAAGCACUUCUGCUUUAUUUAAAGAAAACAUUACCUUCCAAAAUGCCCAUUUCUUUUCAGACAUUGGCUUCUCUGUCUGUAAUUGUUGCAUGAUGGGACAAAUUUUGCAUGGACAGCUGCUUCCAUCAGCCUGUUUCCAUGAUGAAAAAAAAAAAAAACUUUACACGUUGCCUUUUUCCCAGGCAUGUGCUCUUAAAGGCAAAGAGACCUCUGCCAAGAAAAGAUUUGGCACUCUUGCUUGCUGUUGAUACCAUGUUCCUAUUUAGCAAACUUAGCCCUGUAAAGCUUUCAGUAGAAAAAGCAAAGCAUGCUGGACAUUUCAUUCUAAUGAUUUCCCAAUGAAAUUGUGUUUGCUUAUAGUAUUUGAAGCAACUAUGUCCCCCUUUGGUCUGAGCACAACAGCAAGAGGCACUACAAACUGAUGUUUCAAUGUCCGGUUUUCAAUAAUGGGAUUCCCUUGCUUAAUUUUAAUAACCUUAUGAAUUCAAGAGCCUUUUGUUCUCAUUCCCACCCCUCACUGUUCAAUGCUGGUGAAAUAUCAAGCCUGUUUUGGGGAUUGCUGUCUAUGGAUCAACAGGAAUAAUCAUAUCAUUCUCCUUUUGGGGACUGGAGGGAGAACGUGAGGAUAUUAAGAAAGUCCAAACUUCAGUGAUAGACAUAAUAUCCUUAGUCCCUGUUAUCUCCAGCUGGUGUCUCUCAUCAGUUCAUAGUUCUUAGAAAGUUAUUCUCAACAGGCAAGGCUGAAUUGUGUUUGCAAAGCUGUUGCCAGCCUGACAAAUUUAAACAAAUGUUUUCACCUCCAGAUUUCACCAGCCCUUAGGAUGAUGCUGAUUAAAUAUGCCCCCAAUACAUUAAAAAAAAAAAGCAAUCUAUAACUAUUAGGCUAAACUCUGAAACAUAUUUCUUCUUCUCUUUUUCAUUUUCUUUUCUUUGAGAUCCCUUAAUCUAGGAUUACGUAACAUUUCUGGGCUGGGGGCAAAUAGUGAUAGCAUGUGGUAGCCACAUUCACAAAAUGGCUGCCACGAGAGAUUUGGCCUUUCUGUAAAAUGGCUGCUGUGAAAAGGAUGGAGAAUCCCAUGUAUCCAUUUACUAGAAGGAAAUUAGCACUCAAUAGGUUCUUGUUGAACCCAAAGGUAUUGCUACAAGUAAUUGUAAUGAUAGAGGCUGGUGUUUUGCUUUGCAGCAUGUUCAUCUUCUAUUAAAUUUGUUUUGUUAAAGUAUUCCUUUUUUAAAAGUGGGGGAGAAAUCAAGUGAGAUAGGCAGCUUAACAGGGACCAAGAGGUGCAAUUGUAGCCAUGUCAGUAUCUGGAAGUACAGAUAGUCCUCAACAUACAGCCACAAUUGAGCCCAAAAUUUCUGUCAUUAAGCGAGACAUUGUUAAGUGAAUUUUGCCCCAUUUUACAACUUUUCUUGCCACAGUUGUUAAGUUAGCAAUGUUUGUUAAGUGAAUCUGGCUUCCCCAUUGACUUUGCUAGUCAGAAGGUCUCAAAAAGUGGUCACAUGACCCCAGGACACCGCAACAGUCAUAAAUAUGAAGCAGUUGCCAAGCAUCUAAAUUUUGAUCACAUAACUUUGGGGAUGUUGCAAUAGUCAUAAGUGUGAAAAACGGUCAUAAAUCACUUUUUUCAGUACUGUUGUAAUUUCGAACGGUCACUAAAUGUCCUUUUGUAAGUCGAGGAUUACCUGUACACACUGAUUAUCCUGUUUUAAUAGUAAACAAUUGGUGCUCAGCUGAUUUGAAAAGCAGUAUAAGUCUGUAGCCUGGUAAAAAGUACAGAGAAAAGCAACGUGAGUUAUUGUAUAUAUUAAAACUGUACAAUUUUUCAUUUCAUCAAUUCAAAUUAGCAAACAUUUUGGGAUUCAAUGUAUGAACUUGAUUCGGAUUGAAUCCAAUAAUCCAAUUUAGAUUUGGGGGGUAAAAAAGUUUUCUCCACAUGGACAAUCAGAUUUCUGAAUCAAACUGACCCGAUUCAUCCUUUCAGAUUUCAAACUUCAUUUGGAUUGUUCAGACUGAUUCAACGAUUCAGAUUGGACUGAUCGUAUUCUUUGAACUGAUUUGACAAAUCAGAGCAGACCCUAUUUGCACAGGCCUAAUAUUUAUUAGGUUUUAUAGAACUUUCCUAUGUCUGUUGUGCUUUAGCAUAAAAUAAAAACCAAUCAAAAAGAAAACCUUAAAAUACUGUAAUAAUAAUAAUAAAAAAACCUUGAAUGUCAAUUUCUCGCAUUUUUUGGUAUCGUUCUCCAGGGAGAGAUGCAUAUUAUUCCCCUUUGUAUAAUACGUGAAAGCACAAAAAAUACAAAACAAUAUACUUCCUCCUCCUUCACUAAACUGUACAGAUAGUCCUCGACUUACGACCAUUCGUUUAUUGGCCAUUUUGAAAUUACAAAAGUCCUGAAUUACAACUGGUCCUCACACUUAUAACCAUUGUAGCAUCCCCAUGGUCAUAUGGAUCAAAAUUUGGGCAUUGGGCAACUGGCAUGUAUUUGCAAUGUUCUGCAGUGUUCUGGAAUCACUUAGCAUUCACCACUUUCCCAGGGGGCUUUGAAAAAGAAAAGUUAAUAGAGGAAGCUGGAUUGCUUACUGACCAGUGCAAAAAAGGACAUAAAAUUGGGCAUGACUUACUUAACAACCGCAUUGCUUUGCAUUGGAAGUUCCAGUCUCAAUUGCAGUCAUAAGUCAAGGACUAUCUGUAAUGUGACCAUAGAUCCUCCUACUAUGGCUUUUGCAGGCUUUGGAAAGAGUGUGAGUUCUCGUCGCUUGACCAGAUUCCUAAAUGCAACUGAGAACAUGAACAAAUCAUUUAUUUGCCUUGCAUGUUUGUUUGAUGUUUGUCACCUAUGCUGCUCUUCACACUCAGGUAGGGGGUGGGGUGGGGGGAAUAUAGAGGUUUUUCAUAAUCUUCAAUUUGAUAGCUGUAAUUUUCAGAACUUAAAUUCUCUCUGAAGGAAAGCUGAAUCUGUCAAGUAGACCAAAUUUUAUGUUAUACACUGAAAGUCUGCAUUUCAAAAACCUUGGUUAUUUAGUAAUUCUUCUAGAUAAAUAUAUGGCUUCAUAGAUCCAUUUGUGUAAUAAUAAAUUUCUUUCUCACAGACAAAUGCACACAGAAGUCUCCCUCUUUAAUUAUUUUGCCUGAUCUGAAUGCCCUUUGAAGCUUCUUUCUUACUUUAUAACAGGAAGAAACAAAUCAGCAUGUUUUUAAUAGCAAUCUGGAGUGUAAAAACGUGAAAAGUGAGCUCAUCUAUAUAUAUAUAUAAGGAUGAGCCUCUCUCUGAGGGAGAUGGACAAUUUAAAAAUAUUAUAUAAUCCCCUUUUUACAACUCUGUAAUCCCUUAAUUCAGGGUAGAUGGGUGGAGCUAAGCUUUUACUGGCCGGAUGCCCUUCCUGAUGCCUACAGGGAGUUCACAGCAUAUAUUUACUCUUUGCGCUCUUAAAGAGAAACAUCUGCUGCUAUCUAGGAUUGAACUCUCAACCUUCCAAGUGGGAGGCAAGCAUCUUCAUCACUAGACCACCACACCGGUCUUUAUUCCUACUCUACCGUGAAUUAAGGAUAACAGGGUCACUUCUAUAUAUGCACCACUUAUAUAUGCAUCAUUUAUCUAUGUAUAGCUGAGUAUCACUUCCAUGUAUGUAUGUUUGUGUGUAUGUAUGUAUAAUACAUAUGCAAGUGAUACCCAGCUUUUCCAUUCCAUGACUUUUUAAAAAUAAAAAUAAUACAAUUUUUAUAGCCUAAUAGAUGUUUCAGGUUUCAGUCCUGAAACAGAGAGCAACUAACUUCAGAAUAUACCACCUACUGCUUAAAUACAUCUCUCUCUCUCUCAUUUAUAUAUGAAUAGUGUAAUGCACACUUAAUAAAGCCUACUUAGUUCCAAAACCCGAGAUCUGAUGUUUGUAAAUUAAUUACAAGCAAACCACCUGAAUGUUCAAAUAGAUUCUCGCAGCAAGAUUAUUUCAAAAUAAACUGUACAAAGUUAUAUGAGAUUUAGAUGCAGCCACCUAGUAGUAAGCCAGGCUGGGUUUCAUGUGCAAAUUACUCCCAGGAAUAUUAGGAUUGGAACUCAGUGUCACCAAAUGUGUAAUUAGCAGCGUUAGGUAAAUGUUCUACCAAGGAUGCAUUUGUUGGGAAAUCUUGUUCACAGUAUGUGUGUUGGGGAUGGGGAAAAGACAUUUUUUAAAUCUUAUUAAAUUUCAAAGUUAUGAAACGUA